GGGUGAGGUGGCAAUGCCCCUGGAUACCAGUUGCCAGAGUGUGGCCGUCUAAUGAGAAGGCAGCAGCUGCACUGCAAUCAGUUAGACUGGCUUUCCUGCUGCAUCCUUCAGCCCCGCUCCCCCUCUCCCCACCUGUGUUGGUUUUAGCUGCUGCAUGUGCAGCUCUGCAGGCAAACGCCAAGAAUCAACUGAUUUCUCCACAUUGGAAUAAUGAAGCAGCAGACUGAGAAUGGAGAGAACCCUGUGCUAAAGAAGGAGGCUUCGGAUGGCAAACCCAAAGAUCCUUGUAUUCAUGAAGCUUUCCUGGGGGUGCCCAAGCAGAUCAUUAGCAAGACACUCUGCUCCCCUGUUCCAGAAUCCAUGUGUUUAAAGGACUGGUUAUGUGCCUUCUGCUGCCUGAGGCCAGGAUGCCUAGAAUACCCCAAAAAUGAAAAGCAGCCAUUAGUCAGUGGUAAUAAUAAUCAGUAUAAAACCUAUACUGUAAUUGAUGAUGAUGAGAGAAACCUGUGGAGUUCCCCCCAUGACUUGUCUCACACCGAGGCUGUGGAUGAUCGAAUGCUGCACAGUUGGAUCCAGACAAGGAAUCAGCUGGAGAAGGAUUCUGAGGAAUGGCAAAAACUCAACUAUGAGAUUUACACACUAAGACAAGCAAGGCGUGAGGUGAGAGCACGAUGGAGGCGAAUUCUGGAAGAUUUGGGCUUCCAAAAGGAGGCAGAAUCACUGCUGUCUGUAACGAAGCAAAGCACAAUCAGCAACCCAAAGAACAUGAAGAGAGCAAUGGAACUGCUUGUGAAACUGUCUGAUAGCACCACUAUCUUCCCAGCUGGAUGGGACCUUCCAGUGCGAUAUCUCUAUAUAAUGGUAACUCCGGACGUUCUGCAUACCUUUUACUGGUGGCUUGUAUAUGUAUGGCUGUUAACUAUUUCUAUUUGUAAUGCAGGAUCGAUUGAUCUGUUUGGAUGCGGUUGAUGACUUCAUUAACAUUGCCCAAAAGAAAUACCCAAAAACAAAAGAGGACAUUAGCUCUAACCAAUAAAGUGAGGAAUAUAUGCAAGACUUUAAUGAAGCUGCUCUUUGCCCAAACACAGCUGGCUGCAAACAUUCAUCCUUUCACCAUGUCAUAAUAUAGAUGUGAUUUAAUCAUAUACACAAAUUAAAAAUCUUCAGAUUACCCCUAGAUUCCAUUCCGCAUUCUGAAUCUAACAUCAAUCACACCGACCAGUUGGAACAGGUGACCUAUUUGCAAGGAGUUAAUACAACCAUUGGUGAGCUGUACAUGAACGAUUACUAAAUCCAGAAACAGACCCUUCAACUUUGUAAACUGAGUAGUGGGCCUAUUGGUGUUUUAAUUCCUUAUAUAACAAUAUGUCAGUGUAAAAGAAUUAACAUCUAUGUGUAUUAACUGAUGUGCUAUGAGAAAUGAAACUCUUAAAUGGUUAACCUCCGAAUGAAUGAAUGUAAAAUUGCUCAGGAUAAUCUUUUGAGCACUUUAGCAGUUUACAUAUUGACAAUGUUGUCACUGCAAAUAUGACAUUGAAACAACACCACCACCUGCUGGUCAGUUCCUCUGUCUGGCCCGACAGUGGGAGAAAAUUUCAGAAGAAGACUAAACUCUAAUUAUGCUCUUUUGCUUAGAAAACAGUAAUCUGAUGUUUCUCCAUUUUUUUUUAUAAGCAAAGCAACAUCAGAAGACUCCUACUGAAAAUAUUACUCUACUGUCAGGCUGGUCAGAAGAACAGACUAGCAGAUGGCGCUGAUGUUUCAAUGUCAUAUUAGUGGGGAAAAAUUGCUAAUAUCUUUAAAUCAAGAAAACAAAAAAUCAUGUAAAUUGCAAUUGUUAGAAGGACACUCUGAGCAAUUUUACUUUUGUUUUGAAGGUUUAUAUGUCCUUUGCUGAAAUUUAGCUUCUAAAUUUGAAAAUGGAAAGACAAGCCCCCAGUAUAAGAAUGGGAGCUAUACAAGUUUUAUGUGUUGAAUGGUCCCAGUAUAGGAAUGGGGUCUAUAAAAGAUUUAUUCUGUAUUGUAUACGAGUCUGUAAAUCUGUAUAAUAAAGUAUUUAGCAUUU